UUAAGUAGUUUGUGACCACGUGGUCUCCCUCUUUCACAAAAUGGCUCCGAAGAAGAAGGCACCGUCUUCAGGAACUGCAAGCAAAGCAGCAGGUAAAAAGCCAGAGAGUGCAGCGGCGAAGCCUGCGGCAGAUGCAGGAUCAGCCACCCCAACUCCAACAGAUACGCGCCCUGGCAAGAGGCGCAUAGAGAAGAAGGGGGCUAAGAAAGAUGGCAAGGAUAAGUCUCAGGUUGAGAAGGCAACAAGAGCAAGGAAGUCUGUGCUGAGAGGUACUAGAAGCGAGAGAUCCAGAAAGAUCCGCACGUCGGUCAAAUUCCACAGACCCAGGACGUUGAGGCUACUUAGGGCCCCAAAGUACCCGAGAAAGAGUGCACCAGGUCGCAACAGACUUGAUCAGUACUCAAUCAUCAAGUACCCUCUGACAACGGAGUCGGCUAUGAAAAAGAUUGAGGAUAACAACACGCUCGUGUUCUUGGUGCAUCUGCGAUCCAACAAGCCCGAGAUAAAGUAUGCAGUCAAGAAGCUAUACGACAUCGAUGUAGCCAAGGUGAACACGCUGAUCAGACCCGACGGCCAGAAGAAGGCGUACGUUCGCCUUGCUCCAGAUUACGACGCACUAGACGUCGCCAACAAGAUUGGCAUCAUCUAAGCCAGUUUUGGCAUUUGUGUAUAGCGGGAUGAUUGGAGUUGCUAAAUAAACAACAUCAGGAAAUGUCACGGCUA